UAGAGGGCGCUCUAAUGUUAAAAAAUGGAAUUCCUCGUUGAACUUCAUUCAAAAGCGAAGGCGUAUUUUGAGUCGAAUUGCAAGACAGUUCGUACUGCAACCACAAAACUAAACAAAACACACAUGAAAGAUUUUUAAAAAUAUGGGUUAAUGUAAUGAUAUAGACCGCAAACAUCGCAAAACGUGUCUUAUUUGAACCGCGGAGUUUCACUUCCGGCGGACAGCAUGGCGUCGGGUCACAUCCGCAGACUGGCUAAGCUGUUUACCUCCAGCAGAAGUAUUAGAAAACUCAGAGCAGGAACUUUUCUGUCAUCUCACAACAAAUCUACUGUCAGAGGGUCAUCCUUUAAUGAACCACAGUGAUGUAGAAAUCGCAGUGACAUCUGAUGGAAACACAAUAGUGUGUUACCAUCCGACAGUAGAUGUACCCUAUGAGCUUUCACAGCCGAUCGUCAUGCCGGACGUCGUCAGUGAUCACGCAGAGACACACGAGCAGGUGCUCAAAGCCAGACUCGGUAAAGAGGUGUUAAAUAACAAACAGGCCCCGACCAUAGAGGAGCUCAGUAAGAUGUUUUACACCACCAAACACCGCUGGUACCCCGUCGGACAGUAUCACUCCAGACGCAGAAACCCAAAUCCACCCAAAGACCGAUAGUCCGGGAUGUCUUCUUUCAUUUUCUUUGUACAUGAACUGCUGCACAUUAAAUAAACCCUUCCUU